ACGUCAAAUCAGCUGUGCAUUGGAAUAUUUAUUUACUUUUAUUCCGUGAUAAAAGCGAACUUUACGUAAAAGUUAUUUUUUUUCAAUAGAAUUUGUUUUUCAACUGCCAACAAAAGUGAAAAGAAUGGAACUGGAUCCAGAUAUAGUGAAAGAAUUCGAAAAUCUUGAAGUUGCUACAAAACCACCAAGUGAAGAAGAAUUGCGAGAGUUUGAUGUAAAUGCGCCUCUGCAGACAGCUAUUAAAUUCCAACAUCCCACUUAUUCAACAAUACCGAAAUUUUUUCAUGCGCCCCCGCCGCAAAACAAUACAUUGCGUCAAAAUUUGCGCAAAGAAGCACAUUCCCUCUUUCUGCAGAAGCGCUCACAAGAGUUACUAGAUAAUGAUGAAUUGGGCGCUUUGUGGACACUGCUAGAAAAACACUGCACACAAGUAACGCCGUUGGGUCAACAACUUAUUAGUUAUGAUGAUUAUCAAAAACUGCUAGAAGCUGUUAGUACAAAAUGUCGCAAAUAUCUCACAGCGCGUCUGUAUGCCAAAUUGCAAUGUCAUUCCAUGUAUCCAGGCAAAGUUGAGAUAGUCUCCAUUUUCAAUUAUACAAUGCGGAAAGUGUGGCUAACUCAGGGUCGCAUUGGUUUGUCAUUCUACGAUGAAAUAGGUCAAGGAUACCUGCGCGAAAUUGAUAUGGAAAAUUAUAUAAUUGAUAUCAUACCCACACUGGCACAGAUUAGCAGUUGCGUGCAGCCUUCAUUUCAAAGUUUCUACGUCUGUACGGUAGUGAAGAAGUUUUUCUUCUUUCUCGAUCCAUUACAUACCGGCCGCAUACGCAUACGUGACUUAUUGGCCUCCGGACUGCUUACUGAAUUGCUCGAGUUACGCGAUGAGGAAACACCAAAAGAGUCGCAGGAGCAAAAUUGGUUCUCCAUGCCAUCCGUGCUUACAGUAUAUGGAAAUUAUUUGAAUUUAGAUAAAGAUCAUAAUGGCAUGUUGAGCAAACAGGAAUUGGCCGGCUAUGGUUCGGGUACAUUAACUUCAGUUUUCCUUGAUCGCGUUUUCGAUGAGUGCCGCACAUUUGAUGGCGAAAUGGAUUAUAAAACAUUUUUGGAUUUUGUUUUGGCAUUGGAUAAUAGACAUGAACCGCAGUCGCUGCAUUAUCUUUUUCGCAUACUGGACGUACAGCACAAGGGAUAUUUAACUGCGCAAACACUGCAUUACUUCUUCAAAGGCAUACAAGAGCAAAUUAAUGCAGUCAAUGCGGAAGCAGUGAAUUUUGAAGAUUUAAAAGACGAAAUAUUUGAUAUGGUCAAGUCGAAGGACCCAUAUAAAAUUACACUGCAGGAUUUAAUCAAUUGUGGACAAGCGGAAACCGUUGUCUCCAUCUUAAUAGAAUUCCACAAAUUCUGGGCAUAUGAAAAUCGUGAAGAUGGCUCACAUAAUGUUUAAUUUCGGCACAUGAAAAUUGAAACUUAAUUAUAUGGAGGCAAGGAAUUUCAACAGUUUAUAAGCAAAUACUAAUACUGCUGUGGCGGCAAGAAAGCAAAGCAAAGCAAACAAGGAAUAACGAAAAGGUGUAUGCCGAAUAAGCAAUAAGACUUUGAAUAUCCUAUGUGCUGCCAUUUACUCGAUAUUAUCCACUUAAAUUUAAGUGUUUUAGCUUACGUAAUACAAUAGCAAUAACAACAGCGUACAUUCCAAAAUAGCGUGCUACAUUAAGUAUAUUUUGUUGAUAUUGGCAAUGUGCCGCUGAUUACAUAAGUACACCUUGUCAACCUGAUACAUAGGAGAUAUAUAGCCCUUAGACCUAAAAAACAAGCAGUUAUUUAUACAACACAUACAAACAUAAUUUAAUAAUUAAAAAAAAUAAUAAUAAUAAUUUAACAUUUUUUUUUUAAUUCGUGGGUUAUUAAGAGUUCUGCGCUAAGAUUAAAAAAAAAUUACUUUUAAUUUGUAUUAUUUACGUACUUUAGUUAUACAUAUGUACAUAUAUGGAAGCAAAAGGAAUUCAAUUGAUUUACUUACAAUAUAUAAGUAAGAUUUUAUCAAGAAAGUUAUACGAUUAAAACAUAAGUAUUCAACAUUUAGUGCAAAUUUUAAAUUAAUUGUAAUAAAAUUUUAAAAUAUUUA